AUCAAAUCGAAUUUCAAGCCAAGGAAAUGGUGAUAAAUGUCGAAGCUGUCGUGUAAAUGGUGCUGGACUGAUGAUAAAACUUAGUCAGCCCAAAUAUUUCUGCUAUCAAUUGUAGUUUCCAAUACUAACAGAUGAGUGACAUCACAGGAAGUAUAGAGGAGAGCAUCCUCUAUGAGCUGCUGGUUUUAUCAGAAUGGUCUCAGGAACAAGAUGUACCUACUAAAGGAAUUGAAGAGCCUUAUUGGAGUUGGAAAAACAUCAGCAGGUAUUUAAGGAAGAGUCAUGGUGGUUAUUAUGUUUCAAACUGGAUAAACCAGCAAUUGUCAUGGUUAUUUGCAGUUGGGUCCAAUGGUAAAACAGUUGCAAUUCUCCAGGAUAAUGCCUUGGAAAUAAGAACUUCCCGAGACCACUAUGCAGUUCCAAUUGGAAAAGUCCAUGUUGCCAAGGAUCCGUUCCAACAAUGGAGAAAAUUAGAAUGGAGCCCUGAUGGUACACUCCUGGCUAUAGCACAUAGCUCUGGAUCAGUUGAAGUUUAUGAUUUGCUGGCGACUCAACUGUUUGUCAUUCCUGCCCCAAAAGGGACUAUGUUGAACAACUCUUCAAACGACGUGCCAACAAGUGCAUUGGCAGGAUUAGCAUUUGUGGAUACUAGAACCAAAAAUGCCCAUUGGUCUUAUGAACUCCUAUGUUUAGAUCAUUAUGGUCAAUUAAGGGCUUUUCUAGUUUCACCUACCCAAGGCUUUCAGGAAAGUCACACGUUUUCGUUUGCUUCGCAUCUACCAUACGGCACAACUGCUUGUUGUGCAGACCAAUCGCGCAACCUGUUGGUUUUGGCUUCCCCAACAGUCACAUCUUACGAUCCUAAUGAUUCGGGGAAAAAACGGGGAGUUCCUGGCUCAACAUUUGCGCUCACAUCCUGGAGGUUGAUUGAUGAACCCCCUUUUUACUCUGAGACGCCAGAUGUUACCAAACAGUUAUCGAAUCAGUGGCUCCAGCCGUUCCAAAAGAAGCACUACGAGAAUACCAUAGUCAAAUUGAGUAUCUCAAUGGACGGUUCAUCUUUGGCUGCAAUUCACUUUUCUGGCGCGGUGUCAGUCUGGUCACUUCCUUCAUUAAAAUGUCAACAUUUCUGGCCGCUUGAUCGACAACCCGGCUUCGAUGAAAUGAACCCUGGGGUUCUUCAGCUUCCGGCCCAUCGUCGUGUACGCAGUCCCACUUUCCAAAAUCCGUACAAGUUUCAUCCCAUUGAUAUCAAUUGGUGGUCAAAAGAUUCCCUUAUCUUAGCCCGUUGCUCGGGAGCUGUUUCCGUAUGCGCUGUGUCUGACCUCCGUAAUAAAUUAGGCUCUUCGGCCGAAUUUUUCGAAGGUUGUCCACGGGUUAGCCCAGCAUUCGACAGUACCUUUUUGGGUCUUGAGUGUGAGACGAAAGUUCGGCGCAAGCGACUUCAACCGACAACUGAUGAUAUGAAUGCAGCGGCUGCGUGCCACGACAAUGAAGACGACGAGCCCAGCGAGGAUGAAGACAAAACAUUUAUGGCCCAAAGAGCCGUACGCUCGCUCCUCUUUUGGGCUACGGACAGUGAACGCUUUCGGCCACCCAGGAAACGACCGAAGCUCUUAACUAGAACAUAUCGUCUUUUGGGUUUCAAAAAAACAACUCCAGAUGAGCUCUACUUGUGGAAAUUAGACGCCGAAGAAUAUGGGGAAGCCUUGGCUCUUGCUCGAGCUUAUAGCUUAGACUGUGAUCUAGUUUAUCAACGGCAAUGGAGGAACGCACCGGCCACGAUUGCUGCUAUCCACGAUUAUCUUAGCAAAGUGACUAAACGGAAUUGGGUACUCCGUGAAUGUCUAGAGCGAGUCCCUACCGAUAUAGAUGCUGCUCGCGAGCUCUUACUCUACGGCUUAAAAAACACGGAUUUGGGCGUGGUCGCCGAUGUGGAUGGAGGAGGCCGUAACGAAGCCAUUUCGAUUCCGUUCGAGUUCCAAGAAACGGAAGCUGAGAUCCAGCGCAAAGAAGAAGAGCAAAACAGACGAUGGUUGGAACAGAUCGACUUCGAUAAUUUGACGGUGCAGCAAAAAAUGCUAAUUUCUACCCGACGUCGCCUGUUGCAGUUUUUAGAUCGAUUGUCCAUUUAUGAGACUAUUCUGGGUGGUCCUCAUGUUGCCGGCCAGCGAUACGACCCAACGUUUUUCGAAGGUUUUCGAUCCCAGACUGCAUUAGAAUCUACAGCGGAUUUUGCUCGACAAGGGGAAUGGCAGGCUGUCGCUGUCAUGUUCACCUUUAUCGGACCACAAACUCUACCCCACCGUUUGGCCGUUUGCUCUUGCUUCCCGGAAACGAUCCCUCCGUUUGAAUACCGUUCAGUCUUACCCGAAUGCGAUGUAGGUGGAGAAGUUUUCCUGUGGGAGCAGCAAGAGCUACGCAAAUCCGAUUGGUGUGAAUCCCCAGCUGCCCGUAUUGCUGUCGAUGCGGAUCGCGUUCUCGAAAUGGAAGCUGUGGAGUUAUUUUACAGCGAGGAGGCCAAAGAAUUCACACGCUUCCGCUCCCCAGGAGUAGAACUCACCAUGAACAUUGUGAGUUCAUGGUACCGCACACGAGCUGCUGACAUCGAGAAGCAAUGCAUGUUGGUUGAAAAUGCGUUGGAUUUGAUUAAGCUUGGCCUAGAACGGAAUGUGCCUCAUUUAGAACACAUCCAUCAUCAGUUAUUGACGCUUGAGACACUUGUUUACGAUCUCCAGUGCGAGAAUGUCACCCUGGAAAAGCUUAAUGCCAUGAGUGAGCUGAGCGUUUGUCAACUCAUCAUGGAUGGCUGUGACGCCGAUUCUUUUUUGCCGAAACUACACCGUUGGUUGAUGCCGUACUUACGCCGGCUGGAUACUCUACACCCUGGCCGUAUUAACCAACUAUUACGGUCCUUACUCGUUGUCAGAAGUCAAGAAAAUUUAGACUGGGCUCUGCAGAUAUGCACCAAUUCUAAAGCGGAUCAUAGUAGUCCCAUCAUUGGCGACGCUAAAUUUUUGAUAUCUUUGGCUCUGGAAUGUGUAUACGCGUGCCAGAAAACGGACCAGCUUGAAGUGGCCAUGAAGAUUUACGAUUGUUUACCUGAAAGACCAAGUGACUCCAAAAAGGAUCAGUUGUUAUCUCAGUUACACGAUCAGCUGGACCAGCUCCAAUCUCACUUAGAGGCUGCUGACAUUCUCGAGAACUACGAUGUGGCCAUCACGCCUACUACGAUAUCGGCAAAGCAGAAUGAUGAGGAGCAGCUUGAACAACUUUUCGUCCGCCUAACCAGGUCGGCGUUGAGGAAGGGCGAGACACAGACCGAGAACAGGUGGAAAGAAUUGUUGGAAGACAUGUUGGAAUUGCAACGCAAAGUUUUCCGCCGAAUAAGCCCACAGUUAUGUUAUGAAACUCUGGUGGGUAGCUUGCUCUCCUCGGCCAAGAAAGAGAGUAUCACUUCUGCCGGUUUAAUGCUGGAACUUAACCCAAACGCCGAUUCCCACCAAUCACAGAGUGGAAGUCCAUCGAAAGUUCCAUUUGAACGAAGCAAAGAAUUAAUUCUCCAAGCUGCUGAAGAGUAUUUCAAUUCUUCCGAAAAUCUGUCAGAUCCGGGCUUAGAAUUGGCGAGCUAUUGUCUUGGUUUAAUAACGAUUGAUGACAAAAGGAUACAAGAAGAAAAGGAUUUAAUCAGCGCUAUUCAUCUCCUGUACGAAUUCGGAUUGGACAUGCCACCACUGAAAAUAAGGCUGUCACGCAACCGUCUUCUUCUCAUCGAUCAAGUUUUGAAACAGGCCAAUAAAGCCUACAAGAAUUCUUCCCGCCUCCUACGACUCGGGCAUCUUCUUCGAGCUUGUGAUAAUGGCUCAUUCACGGACAACGAAGAUUGCCGUAAAGAACUAGAAGGGCAAAUUUACGUUCGGAUAGCCGAAACGGCAUUGAUGAAACAAGAUUUGGACGUAGCUGGUCAAAUGUGCUGCAAACUUCGCCUGGCGAACCGUCCGGUCGGCUGGAAAGUAUGCAGUCGGCUUGCCAAGCUGGAGGAAUUGACCAACUUGAGUAUGAAGCUAGAACUCGUCUCCUACUCUUUAACCUAUUGUCCACCUGAAUCUAUCGAGGAACUUCUCCAGUUGCAGUGGCAUUUGGAACACACUAAACUCGAAGAAGAGUGUAGCAAACAAAUCAAGAUGUAUAUGAAUUACGAGGAUGGCGACGAGAAUCUAUUAGCACGAUUGUAUCCCAAGUCAGUCGAAGCAUAUCGACAGGACGUUGCCAAGAAACAUCAGAAUCCAUUGACGACGGUUAGCGCUGGAACUAUGCCGCAGCAGGUGUUACUGACAACGGCUGACACCACAAGGCAGCUAGUCAAUGUCGUCAGGAGCAGCUUGAAGCGGAAAGAACAUCGUCAACCGGAAAAUGAGACCCAGCGAACGCGUAUGGCUAGUACAUUAGAAGAUAAUAAAGAAUGCACCCGUUGGGGCUUGCCCGUGUUCUAUUGGGACGUCUGGUGCAACAACGGGAUUGGCCUUCACGAAAGUCGCCUGAGCGCCUCUUAUCGACUUUUUUCCAUGCCCGAAUUGGUCAGUAGUGAACUCGAUCUGCUCAUGUGGUCCUGGCGGAUGCUGGUGCUGGACAGCUUGAAAGAGCCUUAUGCGAGAAAUCGUUCAAGGGGCGAUGUACUGGCAAAAUUAGCUGAAUCGCUUUUCCCUUCUGAUUGCCUGCUGGCCAUCGGACAUCUUUUAGACCUAGAGGUGGAAGAAGCAUGGGAGCCGCUAACGCGUUUACCUAGCACAGAGAUCACUCUGCAGAUGGCCGCCUAUUAUUUCUCCCUGCGAAUGGUGGCUCUUUCUUCGCAUGGACCUUCAGCUGAUGGCGGACAAAAUGUUAUCGCACUACGUCCUCGAUGCUUGAUCCAUCAUUGCCUGUCCAUCUCCGAGAAGGGCCUGUCAAAGGAGCAGGCCGUUUGUCGUGACUUCCUCAGACGAGCUCUAAGUCUUCUGGCCGAUGUUUCUGAAGCUCAGCAACUACGCCGAUUGGACGGAGGAGUCGAUAUUAACCGAUUUACAACGGACGAUACCUAUAAGCGAGAUACGAUCGUGGGUCUGGCCAUCACGACUGAUCCGGCCGUCUAUUCAGCAGCUGUCCGUUUGGCAGCGCAUUACGAUGUCUCGGCUUGGGAAGUGACAUUUUCUCAUCUGACGGCCCUGUUUGCCGAAGACAAGAUUACACCCGGUCACAUCGUCAAAUACAUGGAUGAGCACCGCAUGCGCGACAUCUUGUUCAGCGAUGUCCAGUCGUUUGGUUCGAAGAUGGUCGACGUUAUCUAUCCGAGUAUUUCAGGUCGAGAUCAUGACCGCCUUCUCCUCUUUUUCCAAUUACUUAAUUCGAAUCCAUCGACGGCUGAAUGCAUCACGCCACAUGCUCCCGUGUACAUUCAAAUUCUGCGUAAAUUGGAAUCCAUCAAGGAUGUGGAUGUCAAGAAGUUGACGCGCUCAGCCCAAGGUUUUGCGCAAGAAAUUGAAAAAGCCGCCACUGCGGAAAACGUGGGCAAACUGGCCAAACUAGCUCAACUGAUAUCGCGUUCGGUUAAAGAGCUAUCGCCGCACGUGAGUCAGGCCACCGUUCAUUCGAUUUGGACGCGCAAAUAUUUCUUUGCGUUGGCGGACGAAGGCAAAACACUUGCCGUGUCCGAUUGGCUCCAACGACUGGAAAGUUGUAAAACGCACAUCAACAAGCUGGACGCCGAAGAGUUUUUAAAUCUUGUCGGUGAGCUUUGCUUCUCCGAGCGAUCCUUGGACGCACUGACGCUUGACGUCCGAGCAGACAUUUGCCGGCGCUGCGUGAAGAUGGCUAAAGAGCGUGGCAGAAGCAAAACAAACCCUGACGCCAGCCAAGCCUUUGAAACGUAUCAGGCGCGCAUUGAAAAGUGGGUGGAGCACUUGGAACGUUUGAGGAGUGAGGCAUACGCUGAGAUCCGUACGGAAGUAGUCUCGUCAGCAGGAAGUCAAUUCUGGAGGGAGUUUGAAAAGAGUCGGCCAGAAGAAAUGGCCCUUCAUCGACUGCUGUUACGCAUGCUGGUGGAGAGGCAACCAUUGUCCGUUGUUCGUUUACUCGUCGGCAUUUUCCCUCCGGAUUUCAGCUCGACUCCGGAAGAUGUUCUUAUUGAUGCCAUUCGACUCACGCUAAACUACCUUCGCUUGCCUGCCGAAACGGACAAGAGCGAACAUGAAUUGGAUGGUAAAGAUGCAAUGCAGGUGCUCUUACAUUUGUUAAAUCAGGUGGCCGAAGUUCUUGACGCCCAUGACGGGGCUGGUCUCUUUAGCCGAUCGGAUAUUGGCGAAAUGAUGAGCCAGUUUUACGACGAUGACACGAUUGACGUCCAGAGCCGUCUCCAAUUGAUGUUGAUGUUGAAAACACUUCCGGCUGACUUCAUCGGCCUGUCCGAAACUGGAAGCCGUGUGCAGUGGCUCCGCACUUUGGCGUUGAUCCAACAGUCCUGGUCAUCUAACGAACACGGUAUGGCCGAGUCCAAGAAUAUUAUCCAGACCCUAGAAGAAGACGAUUUGAAGAGCGCCAGCCGUCGUCGAACCCUCUUUGAUCGCCUCUUGGAGAUGAGUCACAACAUAAAUCAGUUGACGUCGCUUGCUAAAUUGCUCCAUUUCUGGCCGCCAUUUGAAUCUGAAAGCGAUCCAAAUUGCACUCCAUGGGUCAUACUCUGGAUUGCGAUUACCAAAAUGGCGUCCUCUCUGGCUGAUGCGUCUGUGCUGGAUACACUUAAACUUGCCUUGGAACAAAAGCCACCCUUGUCAGACCAAUGCAUCCGCGUCAUUUACCAGACAGUAAGCAGUUUGCCUUCAGUGGGUGCCUUCACGUCCAUCCGCUUCCGUCUUCACGUUGCGCUACGGUCGUCUCUGCCGUUUUUGCUGGAUGAUGCCAUACGUUGUGUCAGCGAAACUGAGUUAAACGAGGAGGAUUACGAUCAGGAGAUUCUAGAUCUUAUUCUCGACCAAGGACUGAUGGGGCGGUUGGCUGGCACCCCACUUUAUGCACCGUUAUGUGAGAGACUUCUAUCCUCGCCGCAGCCAGCGUCUCGGGUACAAGACGUCGCUCGACAGCUGGUCGAUCACAAUCGUCUAUUUGAAGCCGGGCAUCUGUUACAGUUGACGAGCGGACUGCCGCGUUACCUGUUGAACCUGCCGACGGCUCUUUAUUUCGCGCGCAAGAGAUUGUAAGCUACGCCUUUUAAGCUGGGCUCUUCAACCAACCCACUGAUGAAGCGUGACGGCUAUCACAUCCGAGUUUGGUUUGUGCGUGUCAUUAGGUGAUAUGUCAAAGGUGAAAAAGAGGUGUAA